GCGCGGCACCCGGACCGAACCCCCAUCCCACUCCAAAGACCGAGACAGGGCAUGCGACGCGACCCUUCUAGAUUUACCGGAGAAUUCCCCCACUCCAUUGUCUUCUAGCCCCGCCCUCCAUUGGGCACGCCCUUCACGCGGCCCAUGCCCCUGUUAUUCGCCUUGGGCACGCCCCUCUGGGAACCUUCGUUUCCCAUUGGCUCUUCUCCCACAUUAAUAUCUUUGGGGGCGGGGCUGGGGUGGGGUUCUUAUUAUUAUGGGCCACACCUUCUCAUUUGUCACCAGAUCCCAUCUUCCGCAGUCAGGGACCCCAAGCCUCACCCUACCGUCUUCAUUCAUUGUGUUAGUGUUCAGUGGUUGGGAAGUGAAGAUGAAUGAGACCAGUCCCUGCCCUCGGGGAGUUCAGGGCAAGGUGGGGGAACAUGGACCUAGGCUCUAACAGUCUAGGGCUUCAAGAUCCUGGGACCCUUUGCACGUCGGGAAGGCUUCCCGGGUGUAAACCUUCUCGGGUGGCUGGGAAUCAAAGUGAGGCCUAAACGGAGCCUUGAAAAAUGGUUGAGUUUGCUUACAGGGAGGCAUUGGCCAGAGCAUUCUUGGUAGAAGGACCUGAAAGAUGAAAGAAACAGGUGCAUUCUGGUAAUUACAAGGAGAGGUUGACCGUGUGGGAAGUUGGAGCAACCCUGCUGGAUGUGACCCUCAAGACAGAAUGGUGCUGGACUCAGGGGCUCAGGUGUAUGAACAGGCACCUCCCAGCCCAUCUACCAGUCCCUCAUCUCAGUGCCAUAGGCUGAAGCCCUCAAACCGAAAUGGGCAACCCCUGUACCCCUGGCCUCAGUCUCUGGCUAUGCCCUUGGCUCUGGCAGUUCCCUCAUCACUGCAGCCCCAUCCUGUGUGGCAGACCUUCUCAAAGCUGCAUUUGGGGCUGCGUGGCCACAUGCGUCGAAGUGAGAGCACCUACACUGUAAAUAGUGUUGGCCGGCGGGGGCGGGGCAAAGUCCCACUUGGACGGGGAUCUGACUCAGGUGAGGGUACUUUGCGGCCUGCAGCCUCCUUACCUCACAUUGCUAAGACUCGAAAGGAUGUAGGCAAUGGUACCAGCAAGAGCCCCUGCAUGUUGGUGGCUCUGAGGCCAACCAACAUGGAUGAUGAGCGGGAGAAGUUCUUCCAGUCCCAUUACACCUACAAUCCACAGUUUGAGUACCAGGAGCCCAUGCCAAUGAGUGUGCUGGAGAAGUACCAGGAGGCCUCUGGACAAUUCAUCCAUCAGGCAGUUGGCAUCAUUGAGGCUGUCCUAGAGAAGUUUGGCACUUAUGAACACUUUGAGGCUUCCACAGGGGGCCAGUUGCUGACUAAGUGCCAGAUUUGGUCCAUUGUGCGCAAAUACAUGCAGAAGGAGGGCUGUGUUGGGGAGGUUGUGGUGCAGCUGAGUGAGGACCUGCUGUCCCAGGCAGUGAUGAUGGUGGAGAACAGCCGACCCACGCUCGCUAUCAACUUGACUGGAGCCCGCCAGUAUUGGUUGGAGGGCAUGCUGCGGCAUGAGAUAGGCACCCAUUACCUACGGGGUGUGAACAAUGCACGACAACCAUGGCACAGUGCUGAGGGCCGAUUGCAGUAUGGGCUGCGGCCAGCCAACCCCACCGAGGAGGGCCUGGCCAGCCUGCAUAGCGUGCUAUUCCGCAAGCAGCCAUUCCUGUGGCGAGCAGCCCUACUCUACUACACCAUCUACCGUGCUGCCCACAUGUCCUUCCGCCAACUCUUCCAGGAUCUGGCGCAAUAUGUAAAGGAUGAGGAUGUGCGCUGGGAGUACUGUGUACGUGCCAAGAGAGGACAAACAGAUACCUCCCAACCAGGCUGCUUCAGCAAGGACCAAGUGUACCUGGACGGCAUCAUGCGCAUUUUGCGGCACCGUCAGACCAUCGAUUUCCCGCUGUUGACCUCUCUGGGCAAGGUCUCCUAUGAAGAUGUGGAACAACUGCGGCCCUAUGGAGUGCUCGAUAACACCCGUGUACCCCACUUCAUGAAGGACUUGGGACGCUACCGGCAGCAGCUAGAACAUAUCAUGGCCACCAACCGGCUGGAUGAAGCAGAACUGGGCCGCUUGCUGCCGAACUGAUGUUAGUUAAGGGUUACAGGAAGAAGCUCUUGACACAGGCCUCAGAACACCACCACCCCCAGAAUAUGAAGCUCUUUAUGAUUCCAAAGCCUAGGUAUUUCUUGGGGGCGCUGGGAGGCCAGGAGCAUCCUGAGAAGAUGAGAGGCAACGUCAGAAAGUUUUAUCCUUCCUAGCCUUUGGGGGGCCUGUGACCUAGCAUGCCAUGUAAACUCCUGAACAGGGGAGGUUUGGGGGAAGGAGGGGAGCUGAGCAAGAGUGGGACUAUGGGGUGGCUUAGGAAUAGAAACUUGUUCCUGCAUGAGAUGGCUCUUGGGUGUCUAGUACUCCAGUCUCUCUCUUCCCCCACCUGGCCCAUUGGUGCUCCUUGAGUAUUCAUGCUGUCUACCUCUCACUGGGUGUGGUGGGAGUUGGGAUCCCCUCUGAGGUGAAUGUCUGAGCAUGGGGUCCUAGCUUUCACCCAGGCUCAGACCCAGCUGGGCUGGGGUUUGCUUUUUGCCUCUCACUGGGUCAUGUAUUUGUUCUAUACGUAGGUUCUACUCCCUGGGGCUGGGAGGCAGCGGCUCCUAAAAGUUCAGUGGAGGGACAGGAUACUCUGGGAAGGCACCAUUUGUUCCUCUCCCCUCUUAUCACACACAUACAUGCUGGGCUUCAGGUCUUGUGAGUCUUGUACCUGGCCCUGUCCUCCAACUCCUCCACUGGUCUUGGUGGUUCCUGUCUUUGCCCACACCCUCACAGCUGGUCUCUGGCAGAGGUUGGUACAGAGGUGUGGCUGAAGCAACCAUAGUGUUGGCUGAAGCAGGCCCCUAGGGUUUGUUGUCAAGUUCUGAGCAGCUCCCUGGCCAGAAAUACAAAGCUGGUUAUUGCUUCUAUUUUACUUCAGAUUCAGCUGUGAGGACUGACCCAGUACCAUUCCUACCCUGGACAUUCAUUUUCCCACCUGUGUGGCUUGGAAACACAACUGGAAAGUUCUUAUUCAUUUAGUUACAUUAGAGAUCCUUGUAUGUGCCUGUGUCUGGUUACACCCUUCACUGAGUUCCCAGUUCAAAUGAAAGCCAGACAAUUAAACAGCAGUUACAAUAA